AUGCAGACCGCCUACAAGAACGAAAAGACCGCUGAGUCGCCGUCCAAGGAGCUGGAUGGGUUCCCAGGUAACCCAGAUGGCACGCUUCCCGAGGUCCCUCUGGACCAGCUCGAGAAGGGUCCGGGCACCAAGACACGAUUCACCCAGCUCCUGGCAGUCAUCGUCGCGGGUGUCGCCCUCUUCUCAGAUGGAUACAAUAUCCAAGUCACAGCCUAUACCAAUACCGUUCUGACCGCCCUAUACCCCGUCGAGAUGACUGUCGAGAUGCGGACCCGACUCAGCAAUUCUCUUCUCGUCGGUGACAUUAUCGGUAUGCUGGCCUUCGGUCUUGCCUCGGACAGGAUAGGGCGAAGAUGGGGUAUCAUUGGCUGUACUCUCCUGCUGGUAGGCGGAGUAGUCUUGGCGACCGCCGCGCAUGGAACCAGUACUACGGGCAUGCUCUGGAUGAUGAUUAUUGGUCGAGGUGUUGCCGGUGUCGGUGCUGGAGGCGAAUAUGCUGUCUGCACGACCUCCUCUAUCGAAGCUGCGGAUGACGUCCCCGAGUUGCGUCGCCGUCGUGGCCUGCUCGUCGCCUGGUCCACCAAUGUCGCCAUCAUCUCCGGUUUCGUCGGCAGCGCGCUAGUUGUGCUCGUCGUACUCGCCGCUUACGGUGGUCGUCCCAGCGAUGGCGUAUGGCGGAUCAGCUUUGGUGUGGGAUGCGUUCUACCCCUUGCUGUCUUUGGUUUCCGAUUGAGGAUGGCCGACUCAAAGCUCUUUGAGAAGCACGGUGUACGAGGAAGGCGCUUCCCGUACAAGCUGGCUAUCAAGCGGUACUGGAAGUCUCUUGCUGGUUGCGCUGGGGUUUGGUUCCUUUACAAUAUGGUCGUGUACCCCUUCAACCUGCUCGCUCCCACCAUCGUCGCUGGAUUCGCGCCCAAUCAGUCCCUCUUGCAGACCAACGGCUGGUCCACCUUGGUCAACUCCUUCGCCCUCCCCGGUGCUAUCUUUGGCAGUCUGCUCAUCGACCGUAUGGGACCGCGUCAGACCUACGCCUUUGGCCUGGUCGUCGUGGCCGUCCUCGGCUUCACCAUCGGCGGCGCCAUGGAGCCGCUCCGUACCGGCGGAACUGGUGCUUUCGCCGCCUUCGUUAUCCUCUUUGGUCUCUUCCAAUGCUUCCUCUCAGUCGGUCCUGGUAACAACAACUUUGUCAUCAGCUCCGAAUCUUUCCCGACCGCUAUCCGUGGACACUGCCUAGGCUUCGCAGCUGCUAUGGGCAAGACCGGCGCGGCCAUCGGCACCCAGAUCUUCCCCAUCAUCCAGACCAAAUUCGCCACGCCCAUCAAGGGUCAGCAAGCCAUCUUCCUCGUCGGCUCCGGUAUCUGCGCGCUCGGUGCGGUGUGGGUCAUGUGGCUCGUCCCUAAUCGCCGAGCCCAGCUCGAGGACGAGGAUAUCUUGUUCACCCAGUACCUUGAGGCUAAUGGAUGGUGA